CUGCAACUUUCCUUUGACGUACGCCAUUUCAAAACAACACAUGUUUUGAGCGUAUUUGUUAUUACUUCUACAAAAUUCUAUCACCUCGAAUAACAGAACUUCAAAAUGCCGAAGACAAAAAAGAAAUUCAUAGAUCGUAAGAAAGCUGUGACUUUCAACCUGGUCCACCGAUCUCAGCGGGAUCCUUUAGUGGCUGACGAGACCGCCCCACAGCGUGUGUUAGUGCCUGUCAACGCUAAUGUACCACCAAGCAAAGAGAAGGAACCAGAAUUGACUCCAGAACAGAGAAGAGAACAGCAAGUUAAAUAUGGCAUUUACUUUGAUGAUGACUACAACUAUUUACAACAUCUUAAAGAUACCCGAGAAGUUACACUGGUUGUGCAACCAAAACCAAUACACAAAAGGAAAGAGAAAUCAGCAGCUGAUGAUGGAGAGUCUGUUCCUAUACCGGAGUCUCUAAACCUUCCUAGCUCUGUAUUCGCCUCGGAGGUUGAAGAAGAUGUUGGAUUACUAAACAAAGCCGCUCCACAAGGAUUAUGUCUCGACUUGGACCCAGAAGUGAUAGCGGCUUUGGACGAAGAUUUCGACUUUGAUGAUCCCAACAAUGAACUUGAAGACAAUUUUAUUGAACUUGCUAUGGGUGAAGGAGGGUCUGGUGAUGAGGAGUAUGAUGAUGAAGAUGAUGACAGCAUGGCAGAUGAUGAUAAUUCCGAGAAAGCGUUCGCUUCAGAUCUUGACUCUGAUGAUGAUACUGAUUCGCAGGGCGAGAAACCCAGCCGCGGCGGUCGCAUGGCGUCCUGGGAGGCUGGCGACAAGGACGAUACGAAGUCCCGCUUCUCACAGUACUCCAUGUCCUCAAGCGUGAUGAGGAGGAACCAGGGGCUCACACUACUGGAUAACAGAUUUGAGAGGAUGUUCGCUGAAUAUGAUGACACGGAAGUAGGAGCUCUAGACUUAGAAGAGAUUGAAGGCUUCAUGCCGGAGAGCCACGACAUGCUGCUGCGGGCUGCUGAGGACUUUGAGGAGUCGCAGCGCAGAUACCACCUCGAUAAGGAGAAGGAGAUUGCCAGAAUAACUCGUCUCCAAGAAAUUGAAGAAGAGUCAGAAGAAGACCUGGUGACUGUCGACGUGGAUCCCAAAGAGAAGUGGGACUGCGAGACUAUCCUGUCCACUUACUCCAACCUCUACAACCAUCCGAAGGUCAUCGAUGAGCCUAAGAAAUCCAACAAAAUCCAGUUGAACUCUCGCGGCUUGCCUAAGGACGCUCUCGGCAAAGACAACAAGCUGACUGCCAAGUCUCUGGCCAAGUUCAACGCUAUGAACGACGCAGGAUCCAGCACUGAUGAUGAUGAGAGGACUAAUGCUGAAACUAUACUGUCUACCCUCAGUGUGCUGUCCAUUAGGCCUAAAGAUGAAUCGCCCGAAGAAAAGAAAGAACGAAAGCGUCUUCUAAAAGAAUACAGGAAAGAAAGAAGGAUCGAGAAGAAAGCAAACAAAGAGGCGUUUAAAGAAGAGAAGAAACGACAAGAGAAGAUCAUGCUGAACAACAGAAAUAAUGUCCAGGGGAACAGGAUAUUGUAGGAUAUGUGAUAGAAUAAAUAUAUGUUAUUGUAAGUGUA